GCCCCUUUUUUUCCUUAGCGGUUACAAGUGCUUUCCUUUCUUGCUGCACCCAAAUUUUUAAGAGAGCUUACCUUAUGCGUGAGUUCUGGCUCUUUCUCUCUCUCGUUAAGCAUUUAACAGCAAUAGUCUCUCUCUUUCUCUCUCUCCUAAUUUUGGGUCCAUCUCUUCCAUUCUCACCUUCUCCCAUUAAACUAUAAUCUAAUCCACGUAUAUAUACAUAUUUAUAUAUAUACGAGACCCGCUCCUCUGUGGAGAUGUUCUCUCCCCUCCUUCAAGCAAAGUAGCUCUAACUCUCUCUCUCUCUACCUUUAUUUUAUUCUCUCUUUUGGGUUUCUGGAUUUCUGUGCUCUUAUAGAGAUCUGUUUUAGAAUGGGGGUUUUACGAAGUAGUUUCUCCAACUCUAGAGAGCCACAACACAACCCAAUUGAUUCAAAUACUUCCUUAUCUAAUGAUCAGUACUGUGGCGAUAAUGAGCGAAGAAUCGAGACUCUAGUGCGUAAGAUGAUUUGGGAAUUUGGGUUGGGCUGUUUUCUUCCACCUCGCCUUCGACGGCGCAGCCCCGGUCGAGAUCAGAGAGAGGGUGAGAAGAAUAGCAGCAAUUUGGAGAACAACAAGGCAUGGUUGCUUGCGGAGUCUGGUGGGUGUGGUCCAGAACUGACCAAUGCCGAUCCACAAUCAGUUCACUCCUCUUUCAGGCUCACUAUCUGCUCUCAAGUAGAGCUUGAAUCAAUGAAUGUGACCAAUCCUUCCUCUGCAACAGUUCUGAUGGUGAAUUUGGACAAUGGGUUGAACGAAUCUCGAUCUUCAGAACUAAAAUGGCGAAGAAUUGAGUCACUCGAGAGGACUAUCUCUCCUGUGGCUCAUACCUUGAUUAGGUUCGGCUAUGCUGAAAUUCUCUCAGCCACUCACAAUUUUUCUAAAGGCAGGGUUUUGGGUAGAGGUGCUCUGAGCUGGGUUUUUAGGGGGAGAGUGGGGUUUUUGAGAACUUCUGUGGCGAUUAAGCGGUUGGAUAAGGAAGAUAAGGAGUCUCCAAAGGCAUUUUGUAGAGAAUUGAUGAUAGCUAGUUCUCUCCAUAACCCAAACAUUGUUCCUCUUUUGGGUUUCUGUAUUGAUCCUGAGGAGGGUUUGUUUUUGGUGUAUAAGUAUGUAUCCGGCGGAAGCUUAGAACGAUACUUGCACGAGAAGAGGAGGGGAGUAAAGGGUGGUUCAUCACUUCCUUGGUCUGUGAGGUAUAAGGUUGCUGUUGGAAUUGCGGAGGCAAUUUGUUAUUUACACAAUGGAACUGAAAGAUGUGUUGUUCAUAGAGACAUUAAGCCCUCAAACAUCCUUCUUUCUUCCAAGAAAACACCUAAGUUAUGUGACUUUGGAUUAGCUACAUGGACUCCUGCACCUUCGGUACCUUUCCUUUGCAAAACUGUCAAAGGAACAUUUGGUUAUUUGGCUCCUGAAUAUUUCCAGCAUGGGAAAGUAUCCGAUAAAACGGAUGUUUAUGCUUUUGGCGUGGUCUUAUUAGAACUAAUAAGUGGACGGAAGCCUAUUGAAGCAAAGAGAGGACCAGGGGAGGAGAACUUGGUUGUGUGGGCAAAGCCAUUAUUGCAGCAAGGAGAGAUUGAAAGGUUGCUCGAUUCACAGCUUAAAUUCACGCCAAAAAACUCAAAUCAGAUAGCCCGGAUGGUUCAAGCUGCAUCUGCUUGCAUAAAUAGCGAAGAAUCUCGAAGACCAGGAAUUGAUGAGAUUAUAGGAAUACUGAGAGGAGAGGAACCUAAUUGCUCUAACAGGAAGAAGUCCAGCUUUCCCGGUAGUGGUUUUGUUAUAGAUUGUUAUCCUCAACUACAACGGACAAGAAGCGAGAUGAGGAGUCAUUUAGCUUUGGCCAUGCUAGGUGUUUCAGAGUUUGAAGAUGAUGAUCACCUUUAUAGUCGUUGAAACACAAAUACAUUGAACUAUUUUGAUCUUUUUGCCUUACUCCUUUUAAAUGUUGCUUUGCUUAUAGAGAGUGGUGAACUGAAAAGAGUUUUGAAAUUGUACAGAGAAAAAGGUUUCUGAUGGGCAAUUGCAUAUGUACAUAUUUCCAUUUCUGUGUCCCUGCUUUUAGAGUGAAUGGAAACAUAGAAUACAUGUAGCCGACCCUAAGUAAUUGGGAAGAAGGCUUUAUUGUUGUGGUCGUCGUCCUGCUUUGGGAGUGAAGGAUUGAAGUAGAUUUUCAUUUUUA